AUGACAUUCGAACAGGUGAUGGAAGGAAGCAUCAUCGACUUCCGCGUUCACCUUCAAGGGAUAUCUAAUUUCCAAGGUCCUCGCCGCAAAUGGCAGGUAAUAACCGCAGAGACUCGUCAGCUAAACACUCAAAGUGCAUUCUUGAAUCUUCUUGCCCGCACUACCUCUUCCUUUACCCCAUCACCUUGGCUUCCAAAUCGGGAAUUGCGGCAGCGGGAACAGGAUAGUCUGACUUCAAAUGAUAAUCGCUCCUAUUGUUAUGAGUUCACAUUCGGGAUCACAGCUGAUAUUGCAGCCGCUAUUCAGGAAAUUACUGAUCUGUACGAAUGCCUGCAAUUCUACCGUCAGGCCCAAGCGCCCAUUCCGGAAGGUCUCCUAGAGGCUUGUGAAGAUCUUGGCGAUCGACUGCUUUCCUGGACCUUGAGCGCCGAUAAGGUUCCCUCUUUCAAUGACAGGGGUACCGAUGAGUUGGAUAUUUUCAAACAUCAUUCCCACGCAUGGCAUGGUGCCGCUCUCAUAUUCUACCUAAACUGUAUCCAAGGCGCCAAGCCUCAAGACCUAGUAGAUGAAGUUGCUACAGUUGCCUCCCACAUGCUCGCUGUGGAAGAAAUCAAAUCGAAGCAUAUAGCCAACCAAAUGGCCCCAAUCAGUUGGCCAGCCUUUAUAAAAUCAUGCUGUGCCUUAAAUCGAGAGCCUUGGGAGGCGUGGUGGUUGGAUGUGCAAAAGUACGGCAUUGGGAGUAUUCGGAGACAAUAUACUAUUGUGCAGGAAAUAUGGUCUGAAAUGGACACUAAUUCAUCCGAGGGAUGGUUGCAAAUUCUCCACCGGCGGGACAUUCAGGUUCUAGCUGCAUGA